CAGCGGCAACGCGCGUUUGCUUUGUUGAAUGUGGAACGUUGCACGUUGAGCGCCAGACGCUGUCGCUGUCACAGUCGCAGUCGCCGUACUUGCCGCGUUUUUGCCGACGCGUUUUUUAUCGAAUGUUUGUGUGAGACGAAAACUGACGCUAAAUCGUAAUUGUAACGUUAAGUUUUGAUUAGUGUUAAAAAUGCCGCAACGAACGCCAAGUCCCGUUGCAAUGAUUGGCACGCGUAGCUGUAGCAGUCCGGCCGUAUCAGAAAUUUCCGUGGGUUCGCCCAGCCCACCGCCACUAACCAUGCGUCCACUCAAUAUCAAACGCCUGCGCCUCCUGCACAGCCCAGCAACGCUCCGGAAGGGAUCGGGAUCGGGAGGGGGAUCGGGAUCGGGAGCGGGAGCGGGCGCAGGUGAGCGCAUCAAAAGCUUUUCCAUAGCCGACAUACUGGGCCAGGCAGAUGAGCGAAAAUCCGAGGAGCGAUUGCAGCCAGCUGCAUUAGUGGCGCCACCAGCAACAGUUGUUACUGUCCCCGCACCCGGCUUGUUGCCUCAUCCUGGCUUGCAUCCGUUUCUGCCGCCCGUGCUGCUGCACAGCUAUGAGCAGCGCUUGGCCUGGGACUAUCAGCGCCAGCUGCAGGAGCAUUUCCAGGCACAGCUGUUGCGCCAAAUGAGCAUGGAUCCCGCCAUCAUACCAAUACCAUCCGACGAUGGCAGCUCCGAUCGCUCGCAACGCUCCAACAGCAGCAGUAGCAGCAGCAUCAACGGCAGCACCGACUGCUGCACGACGCCCAGCCAAAGCAAAGAGGAGGCAGCAAAGCCCGGCCAGCAACACCAGCACCAGCAGCAGCAGCAACAACAACAGCAACAACAACAGAAGCAGCAGCAGCAGCAGCAAAAGCAGGCAGCAGGCGCCGAUACGCCGCUCGAUGCGCUUUUCCAGCUAUCGACCAAAAACUUCGAUGAGGAGCAGGAUCCCGCCACGCUGAGCAUCUUUGCGACCAGAUCGAACCCGAAAAAGAAGCGCAAAUCUCGCACCGCAUUUACGAACCAACAGAUCUUCGAGCUGGAGAAACGAUUCCUCUACCAGAAGUAUCUCUCGCCCGCGGAUCGAGACGAGAUCGCCGCCGGCUUGGGUCUGUCCAAUGCUCAGGUUAUCACCUGGUUCCAAAAUCGACGCGCCAAACUGAAACGCGACAUGGAGGAGCUGAAAAAGGACGUGCAGAGCGUGAAACAAUUACCCGACCAGUCAGCAGAUCGCCCGCCCCCGCAUCAUCCCCAUCAAAGCACUAGCAGCGGCGGCAGCAGCAGCACCGCCAACAACCGGGACAAGGAGGAGCUGCGCAUGCUCAAGAUGAUGACCCUGAUGCGCUACUCUGAUGGGAAGCUGCUCUACCCCCAGCCGGAGUUACGUUAACUGAAGAUUAGCUCAAUUUGUAAAUUGCUAAAAAGGAAAACACACACUCCCAUACGCACAUACACACGCGACUUCUAAUUUGCCAAAAAAAAAAAAAUGAAUAUAUGAAAAACCAUUUUCCGUUUAAUGAUUUUCCUAAUUAUAGAGUAUUAAA